ACGACGCGUUCCUGUGUUUUAAAUAAACACUAAAUUUAUCCAGAUUACCAUUACGUGUACUAACACUAUCAAUUCUUCGAUCAAUCAGUUUGUGAAAAUUAAUUGAAUCCGUUUAAGACAAAAGAAAAGUGUGAAUAAUGGAUGUGGAACAAUUAAAGAAGGUAAAUAUGUCUUUGAUGAUGAGAGAAUCUACUACUCAACUCCUGGGGGAAGAUGAUCCCACGCCGGGUCCAUGGUUCGAGACUCAUACCGUAACAACGCUCGCCACGAAAACCCUAGAAGUAUCUUCCCUUUCUAAUUUCGAAGAGAAUUACGAUUUCAACGUCGAAUCUACGACUAGACACGAAGACGGCGACGUCGCUUCCGUCUCCGCUGGUAAUGCCACUUUUGAAGUCCCUUUCUUCGUUUCUUUGCUGAUAUUUGGUGGUAUCGGGAACUUGAUGGUCAUUGCGGUAUACACGAGGAAGAAAUACAAGAGUUCUAAUGCCGCUUUGCAUAUACUGAACCUCGCCGCUGGGGAUCUCUUUCUUCUUUUCAUUGUGGUUGGUCUUCACAUAUCCGAGUACUAUUACAAGACGUGGUUUAUUCUUUGGAGAACGGAUGCUCAGUGUAUUCUACACCGAUUCGCCCGAUUUGUGGGAUUUAAUCUCACCGUCUUCGAGAUGAUGGCCAUUGCAAUAGACAGAUAUUUUGCAGUGCGUUUCCCACUGAAGUUCAAGAUAUAUUGCAGUCCUGGAAAAACCAAAUUGAAGAUCAUUUUCUUGUGGAUUUUAUCCCUGGCGGCAGCUUUUCCUGUAGUCUUAAACUUUGCGACUAAAUAUGGUAUUCCCUUAUUCGAUGUGAACUAUGUCGGGAAGACGCCCUUUGCGUGUCGGGUAGCGCCCGGAUUUCCGAUCUUUUAUUACGACUUCAAGAUCAUCUAUGUAAGCAUCGUCCUAUUCUUUAUCCCUAUUGUCAUCACCGCCAUCAUCUACGUCAUCAUCGUCUCCUACGUCCGGAGGAACAAUAAGAAGUUCGCUAAGAUCUCGAGCGCAAGAGAUACCCAUAGGUUGCGUUCACACUGGAAGACGGCUAGAGCCUUGCUGGCCGUGUUCACAUUCUACGCAGUCUGUUAUGUAUUGCUGGCCACCUAUACAUUGGUUCAACAGUAUUCACCCGCUGCUAUCACACCAACAAUGAAAAACAUAGGUCUGCUGUUGCCCUACGCCAAUAGCUGUAUGAAUCCUGUUGUGUACUCUGUCGUCAACCGCCAGUUCCGCCGCGAUUUUGCUGAGCUUUUCUCCAAAUGCUGCACCUGCACCACCCUGAAAUGCUCUACUAAGAAUAGGGAAGACACGAGAAAAUCUUCCCCUACCUCACACGACUCUGGUACAGUAUCCUCACAACCGACUGGCACUACUGCGGAUCGGUGCUCCUCAGUUACUUUUGAUUUGUCUCAUAAAAAGUCGGUCUCGCCCGACGUACUUGACGAAACAAAAUUGUAAUAUACCGCGAUUUAGUCCGAAUUAUACUCUUAUGAUGGGUAUUCCAUAAAGCUGUCCGUUGUGUUGCCAAUAUACUAGUUUCGCUUACUACGGAGCCGCUCUCGACCUGCAACGCCCCAAUUCCUUAA